AUGCUCACUCAACGGGAUGAGAAUAACGAAGGCGACACGAUGCCAAUUCUCAAGAAACCGAGAUAUUCUAGUCUCUCUGGACAAUCAACUAACAUCACCUACCAGGAGCACACGAUUAGCCGGGAGGAGCGAGCUGCUGCUGUUGGAAAACAUGAAGGUUUUCGUGGAUGCACCAUCUGGUUCACAGGACUCUCUGGCGCUGGGAAAACCACAAUCUCGUUUGCAUUGGAGCGUACUCUCAAUAAGGUAACCGAUAGGAUCUUUACAGAAUUCAAUAGUUGUGACAAUUUUCAGUUGGGAAUCCCGUGUUACGGACUAGAUGGAGAUAACAUUCGUCAUGGAUUGUGUAAAAAUCUUGGAUUUUCCAAAGAAGAUCGUCAGGAAAACAUUCGUCGUGUGGCCGAGGUUGCCAAAUUGUUCGCAGAUUCUGGAAUGAUCUGCCUCGCUGCAUUCAUCUCACCAUUUCAAGAAGAUCGUCUCGACGCACGGAAGAUUCACGAAUCGGAGAACGUGAAAUACAUCGAGGUUCAUGUGAAUACAAGUCUCGAAGUUUGUGAGCAGAGAGACCCAAAACAAUUGUACAAAAAAGCACGGGCUGGCCAGAUCCGCGGAUUCACUGGAAUCGAUAGUGCCUAUGAGCCACCAGAGAAUGCUGAAAUAGUCUUGGAUGCUGGAAAGGACGGAGUCCAAGAAUGUGUUCAGAAAGUGCUGGAUUAUCUUGAGUCGGUUGGAUUGCUUCCUGAGCAGAUCCCAGAAGUUCCACCUGUCCGAGAACUCUUUGUAAAUGACGAUUUGGCUGUUGCUGAGCUGCUAAAAGAGAGCCAGGAUAUGAAAUUUGUGGAGCUGUCGAAAGUCGAUUUGCAAUGGCUUCAAGUUCUUGCCGAAGGAUGGGCAACCCCGUUGACAGGAUUCAUGCGGGAGAGACAAUAUCUUCAAUGUAUGCACUUUGGUCAACUACUCGAUUUGAAGAACAAGGUGGCAUUCGUUGGAGAAAAAGAUGAUGGAAAGGAAGAUUCGUGGCCGUUGAUGGAGGAAAUUAAUCAGUCGAUUCCUAUCGUUCUCCCAAUCUCCGAUGAAAUCAAAGCUUCUUUGGAUGGUGUCAAAAGAAUUGCAUUGAAAUAUAACGGUCAAAUCUUUGCAAUUCUUUCGGAUCCUGAAAUUUUCGAGCAUCGUAAAGACGAGCGUGUCUGCAGACAGUUCGGUACCAAUGAUCCACGCCAUCCAGCUGUUGCACAAGUUCUGGAAUCUGGAAAUUGGUUGUUGGGUGGAGACGUGGCAGUAGUUCAGAAAAUUCAAUUCAACGAUGGACUCGACAAGUACCGUAAGACUCCAAACGAACUCCGUGCAAUAUUCCAAGAGAAGAACGCUGAUGCAGUUUUCGCAUUCCAACUUCGGAAUCCAAUUCAUAACGGGCACGCUCUCUUGAUGAGAGAUACUCGUGAGAAGCUUCUCGCCAAACAUAAGAAUCCAAUUCUUCUAUUGCAUCCGUUGGGAGGAUGGACAAAAGAUGAUGAUGUUCCAUUAGAUGUUAGAAUAAAACAACACGAGGCUGUGAUUGCUGAAAGAGUUCUCGAUUCAGAAUGGACUGUUCUCUCCAUCUUCCCGUCUCCUAUGAUGUAUGCAGGACCAACAGAAGUUCAAUGGCAUGCACGGUCUCGCAUCGCCGCUGGAAUCCAACAUUACAUUGUUGGCCGUGAUCCAGCUGGUAUUCAGAAACCAGGAAGUCCAGAUGCUCUUUACGAAACUACACAUGGAGCUAAGGUUCUAUCAAUGGCUCCAGGACUUUCGGCUCUUCACAUUCUUCCAUUCCGAGUUGCAGCAUACGAUAAAACAUCCAAGAAAAUGACAUUUUUCGAUCCAUCCAGAAAAGAGGAUUUCGAAAAUAUCAGUGGAACUAAGAUGCGUGGAUUGGCUAGAAGCGGUGAAACGCCUCCAGAUGGAUUUAUGGCACCGACAGCAUGGGAAGUUCUGGCUAGCUACUACAAAUCACUUCAAAAUUCAAACUGA